UGCAAUUAACACCUUGCGAGCUACACACAAAUAUUUGCUAAACUUAUCGAAUGUGUUUAUCAGCGACAAGUUUGACACACAGAGAAAUAGACACGGUCUAUUUUUUUUUCGUUUUUGUUAUUAUCAGUGGCACAUGUAAAAAUUGAGAGCCGUGAAAAUCGAAUAGUGUGUCUUGUGCUCACAUUUUACGAGUUUCUUUUGACCAGCGAAAAUAACUUGCAUUAGUUGAGCGUCAAGUGUUUUUAGUUUAGCAAUGAAGUUUAGUGCUUUGCGAUGUCUGGCGGUCGGCGGCAACGUUUGCUGCUCAACCUUUGCGUGAUCUUCAUCUUGGCCUGUUUGCUGCUGCAGUUAACUGUGCUGCGAGCCACAUUCGAUGAUACGGAAUUGGAUUUGACAAGUGAUUUGCAGCAUGAUUACCUCGACGUGGAGUGGCGCGAGUUUAUUGCUCAUACGCCCGAGCAGCCGGAUACAUUUUUUCAAUACAAUCGCCAGCUAAGUGACAAGUUGGCUGCAGUGCGUUCGUUGCCGAUGACACGACAUGACAGUUGCAACACACGCAACUAUCAGCUGCCACAUGUCUCGGCCGCCCAGCUGAGUGUUGUGAUUAGUUUUCACAAUGAGGCGCGUUCCAUUUUAUUGCGCACGAUCUGCACACUGAUCAGUCGCACUUCCCACGAUUAUCUGCACGAACUCAUUAUCAUCGAUGACUGCAGCGACGAUGCUGAGCUGCUGGUUAGCCUUGAUGGGAUUUUAAGGCGCAUAUUCCACGCUCAUCCUGCGUUCAUCUUCAGACGCAAUCGACAGCGCAGAGGAUUGAUUUGGUCACGCAACGAGGGCGCCAGAGUGGCCAGCGGGCAUUACUUGCUCUUUCUCGACAGCCACUGCGAGGUCAACGCCGGUUGGCUGGAACCCCUGCUGGACCGGCUGGCGUUGAACUCCAGUCGUGCGGUCAGUCCGCUGUUGGAUCCCAUUGACCCCGAGACCUUGAGCUACCUAGCUGGUAAUGUGCUGCUAAAGGGCGGCUUCGAUUGGAGUCUGCAUUUCCAUUGGUUGCCACGACAAUUUGCGGACGGCGAGCGAGCGGAGGAGGCAUAUAAAAGUCCUGCGUUUGCUGGUGGCAUUAUGAUGAUCUCACGCGAAUGGUUCUUCAAGUUGCUGGGUUUCAAUCCACACUUGCAGAUUUGGGGCGGCGAGUCCAUUGAGUUUGCCAUUAAAUUGUGGCUUUGCGGUGGACAAAUUGAGAUCGUGCCAUGCAGCCGAAUUGGACAUAUUUUUCGCUCCCGCCAUGCCUUUGAGUUUCCGGCACAGUUCGAAGAGCAGCAACAGCAACUGGACACUGCCCAGGCGACAUAUUUGCGGAACUCAAAAAUCAUAGCCGAGUCCUGGCUGGACGAGUACAAAUAUUUGUUCUACACCCUCAAACCGGCGGCCAAACAAAUUCCAUUGAAUCUCUCGCAGCACGAAUUGGCGUCAAUAAAGACUGGACAGCGUUGUCAACGCUUUGACUGGUUCCUGCGGCAUGUGCAGCCGGACCUAAAAGUUCACAAUGCCAAAUUUAGUGCUUUGGGCACAUUGCGUAAUGAGGAUCGUUGUUUGCAUGUCGAAGAGUCUCAGCUGCUGCUGGUCAGCUGUUAUCGUAUGGAGAUCACUCAGUGGCGUCUGCAUCGCAACACUGGACAGCUGAGCACUGGCCAUAAGCGCUGUUUGGGCGUCUUAAAUGAAUCGCAGCUCUCGAUGCAGCCUUGUUUAGUUGGCACGCUGAUUAAUCAUACGCAACGUUGGCAGCGACGCGAUACACAGUUGUUGCAUGCUGGCACGCAUCUGUGUCUGGAUAAUCCGCUCAAGAAUCAACUGGCGCUGAGCAGCUGUCGCGCCCUAGCGGCAUCACAAUCAUUUCAAUUUGCAUUGGAAAUGGAGGCGCAGACAAACUAAAGCUCAAGCUAUAAUGGCUGGAGGAGAUUGUUAGAAGUUGCGCUGGAGUUGCAGCACACUAAUCAAAAUGUUUCCAUGUUGUGCUAAUCUCUGUGAAAUAUUUCCGGCGACCGUACGUAGAUUAUCAGCAGCCAAGGGGAAGUACUAAAUAAUGGGCGACACACAAAGGUGAAGCGAAUGCCGGAAUGCGACGGCUUGGUUGUUCCUUUUUUAUUUUUUUUGUACCACAGCUAUCAAGACUUCGCGCGCUUCCUGUCGCAUCCAUCACACGCGACAGCAGACAAUGAAACUGCAGCGAGCAGGAACUGAAGCUGAAGCUGGAGCUGGAGCAGCGAGAUAAAAGACUGCGACGUCGCGCUUAUUGUGUGCCUUGUUUAGAAGGCUCCAGCAUCAGUUGUGGGAACAAUGCGCGGCGCGUCUGCAAUUGUUGUCCAAAAGGGGCACAUCAAAGUCCUCAGCGGGGGGAGGGGGGAGCGCGACCAGCAAAAUGUAAUUGAGUUGAUGACUGCCCGACGCGCUUCCGGCAGCUUUGAUGGCCUCCGGAAGUGAGUGACAAAAAAGACGACGUCGCGACGUCGGUGGCGGCAUCACAAUAAAAACUCCCAUGCAACAGCAUUUGCCAUGCAACAGAGUUGGACAAUGGACGACCAAAGCUGUAGCUGUAGCUGAGGCAGAGGCAGAGGCCAACGGCGGACAGUGAACAAUUUGCAAUUUGAGUAUUGUUUUCUUUGGACAUCUUUGCGGUAAUAAAGCGUAAAAGUUAAUUUUGUAUCUCAGCAGUAAGAAGAACAAUAAGAAGCAACAGCAACAGCAACAACAAGGGUUGCAGUUGACAAUAUGGUGGCAACUUUUCAACAACAACAUUCAUUUUGUGGUAUCGCGGCAACAGGCAGCAGGCAACCUGCAACCUGCUGCCGGCAACUUGCCACUGCCACUGCCACAUAGCUGCAAGCAAUGCGUUGCGCUGCCGGUAACUGCCAAGCAGCGCGUAAAAUCAUAUUUUUUAUGACAAUUUAUAAGAAACAACAACGCAAGGCAACAACAAGGCAGCAAUAUGCGCUGGAAAAGCAAACGCA